GAUGACAGAAAAGCCCAAAUCAAUUUGAUACCCUCUCGAGUCUCGACGACACUACCCCCAUCCGGCAUUCCCUUGAAAUGACAAUGCUUCCUCUUUAGUCUGUAGUCUACUCCCUGUUUUCUGGCGGGAAACACAACACGCACACAAAGAGAGGGAGAGAGAGAAAGAGAUGGAAUCCGAUGGUGCACUACCCAAAUGGGCAUCGGAGCCUUGCAUUAUGGGCAUAGAUGAAGCUGGAAGAGGCCCUGUUUUAGGGCCAAUGGUAUAUGGAUGCAUGUACUGUGCUCUUUCUUUUCAGACUAUUCUUGCCUCAUUGGAAUUUGCAGAUUCAAAAACUCUCAAGGAAGAGAAAAGGGAGGAAUUGUUCGAAUCAUUAAAGACCAACGAGUCUAUUGGAUGGUGUGUUGACGUAAUAGAUCCCCGAGAACUUUCAGCGAAAAUGUUGAAGAAGAGUAAGAUAAAUUUGAAUGAAAUAUCACAUGACUCUGCAAUGGGCCUUGUGACCCGAGUGCUUAAUAUGGGCGUGCUUCUUACACAGGUCUAUGUGGAUACAGUUGGAGAUCCUGACAAGUACGCUGCAAAGUUGUCUGAAAGGUUUCCAUCCAUCAAAUUUGUGGUUGCCAAGAAAGCCGACAGUCUUUACCCUGUUGUCAGUGGAGCCAGCAUAGUUGCAAAGGUUACAAGAGAUCGGGCUUUGCGUAAUUGGACCUUUGAUGAAUCAGCCGGAAACAUGCAGAGGAGCUUCGGGUCUGGCUAUCCUGGAGAUCCUGAGACAAAGGCCUGGCUGGAACAUCACAAACAUUCUAUUUUUGGAUUUCCUACAUUGGUGCGCUUUAGCUGGGGGACUUGCACUAUGUAUUUUAAAGACGGUGCUGAAGUAGUAUGGGAAGCUGAUGGUGCCCUGGAUGAGGAUGGUUCAGCAAAUAAAAAUGGUAAGCGACAGCUCAAACUAAGCAAUCUGGGUUUCACUGGGGGCAAGAGAAACAGUGAGGAAAUCGAGUCCAGUGGUAAAGGUCGCUGCAAGUUUUUCCAGUCCCGCAAGCUCGAACAGCUUACACAAUUCUAAGAUGAGCUCAAAUUACUUUUAAAGCUCACAAGAAACGAUAGAGAGCCAGAGAAAGAGUGAAAGAUACUGUUAGUAUGCUGAAGUUGGAGGUGGAAGAGCGGAUGGCAACUCCGCGACGGUGAUGAUUCUGAUUAUCAGAACCAGCUCCAUUGAGAGGUCUUCCUGGUUGUGUAGUCGAAGAAGAAUCCCCAUUUCCUCCUCCUUGUCCACCCCCGUAACCACUACCUCCAUCACCACCGCCAUGUCCCGUUCUAAUAUUCUGCAGUAAUCCAUUUUCUAUUUGGUUUCUUUCCUGCACAACUUGAAAAAUACAUUGCUAACUGUUAUGGCGACUCCACGGCGCUUAUAACAUCAACACUAGUCCUUUUAACCUCUCUACUAACUACUCAUAUUACUUGCACUUAUCAUUAGCGUACUCUUUUUAAAUUUUAAAUUAGUUAUGCUCC